AUCUAUCUGAUUAACCAGUGAUCCCAAUUCUCUCUAUGCAUACGGUCACAUGCUGUCAUACGACUGCACGGAAAGUCAACUUGGCAACGCGGUUCGCGAAAACAGCGCCUAGUGAUUAUUCUCCGUCCUGCUUCCGCGCAUCUUAUCGUCCGCGUGACGUCACAGUGAGGGGGGUCUUUAAAGCAGCGACGGCUCAGCACGGAGCCGUGGAUGAUCAGAGCCAAAUCAACAUUAACCAAGCGGGACUGACCCUGUCGCAGAGUCCGGGGACUCAAAUCAUCAUCAAAAUGAACGAUGCCAUUACACCAGUGUCUUCCGUUGGCCUGCUGGAACUGGCCCAUCGCGAGUACCAAGCGGCCGACUACGAAAAUGCUGAACGCCACUGCAUGCAGCUAUGGAGACAAGACCCAACAAACACGGGAGUGCUCCUGUUGCUCUCCAGCAUCCACUUCCAGUGUAGACGUUUAGACAAGUCGGCGCAUUUCAGCACGCUGGCCAUCAAACAGAACCAUCUGCUCGCGGAAGCCUACAGCAAUUUGGGCAACGUGUACAAGGAAAGAGGACAAUUGUCUGAUGCCCUCGACAAUUACAGGCAUGCGGUUAGAUUGAAGCCGGACUUUAUCGAUGGAUACAUUAAUCUGGCCGCUGCUCUCGUUGCAGCUGGCGACAUGGAACAAGCUGUACAGGCUUACAUUACAGCGUUACAAUAUAACCCAGAUCUCUACUGUGUUCGUAGCGAUUUGGGUAAUCUGCUUAAAGCACUAAAUCGUUUAGACGAGGCCAAGGCAUGUUACCUGAAGGCGAUAGAGACCAGGCCCGAUUUCGCCGUGGCCUGGAGCAACCUGGGCUGCGUGUUCAACGCGCAGGGCGAGAUCUGGCUGGCGAUCCAUCACUUCGAGAAGGCAGUCGGAUUGGAUCAGAAUUUCCUCGAUGCGUUCAUCAAUCUCGGCAACGUGUUGAAGGAGGCGAGGAUCUUCGAUCGGGCGGUAGCGGCAUAUCUACGUGCCUUGAACCUGUCGCCCAACAAUGCGGUCGUGCACGGAAACCUUGCCUGCGUCUACUAUGAACAGGGCCUUAUCGAUCUGGCCAUCGACACGUACCGGCGUGCCAUCGAGCUGCAGCCAAACUUCCCCGACGCCUACUGCAACCUGGCGAACGCCCUCAAGGAGAAGGGCCAGGUGUCGGAAGCGGAGGAAUGUUACAACACCGCCCUGAGGCUCUGUCCCUCACAUGCUGACUCCCUGAACAACUUGGCCAACAUCAAACGUGAGCAGGGCUACAUUGAAGAGGCAACACGAUUGUACCUCAAGGCUUUGGAGGUGUUCCCGGAGUUUGCAGCCGCACACAGCAAUCUCGCUUCGGUUUUGCAACAACAGGGCAAGUUAAACGAGGCUCUGAUGCACUACAAAGAGGCGAUCCGCAUCCAGCCCACGUUCGCCGACGCCUAUUCCAACAUGGGCAACACCCUCAAAGAGAUGCAGGACGUUAACGGCGCUUUACAAUGCUAUUCAAGAGCCAUUCAAAUUAACCCGGCGUUCGCCGACGCCCACAGCAAUUUGGCCAGCAUUCACAAGGAUUCCGGAAACAUUCCAGACGCCAUUCAGUCGUACAGGACAGCUUUGAAACUAAAACCCGAUUUUCCGGACGCGUACUGUAACCUGGCGCACUGCUUGCAAAUCGUGUGCGACUGGACAGAUUACGAUACCAGAAUGAAGAAGCUAGUAAACAUCGUCGCCGAUCAGUUGGAAAAGAAUAGAUUGCCCUCAGUACACCCACAUCACUCCAUGUUGUACCCACUCUCGCACGAAUUCAGAAAGGCAAUCGCCGCCAGACACGCCAAUCUGUGUCUAGAGAAAAUCAACGUGCUCCACAAGCUCCCGUACAAAUUCUCACCCGAAUUGAAGGGCCGUUUGAGGAUCGGCUACGUAAGCAGUGAUUUCGGCAAUCACCCAACGUCACACUUGAUGCAAUCCGUUCCGGGCUUGCACGACCGUUCCAAAGUCGAAGUCUUUUGCUACGCCUUGAGUCAGGAUGACGGCACCACGUUCAGGAGCAAGAUUACUCGCGAGGCCGAGCACUUCAUCGACCUUUCGCAGAUACCGUGCAACGGCAAGGCCGCCGACAGAAUCCACAGCGACAACAUCCACAUAUUGGUCAACAUGAACGGUUAUACAAAGGGCGCGAGGAAUGAGAUAUUCGCAUUGAGGCCGGCACCAAUCCAAGUCAUGUGGUUGGGAUACCCAGGAACCAGCGGUGCCAGCUUCAUGGAUUAUUUGAUCACGGAUGCUGUUACAUCUCCGGUAGAACUGGCUCACCAGUACAGCGAGAAGUUGGCCUUCAUGCCCUACACUUACUUCGUUGGAGAUCACAAGCAAAUGUUCCCACAUUUGAAAGAGAGGUUGAUUGUCAGUGACAGAAGCGGUAACGGCGCAAACCUCGCAGACAACGUGGCUAUUAUAAACGCCACCGAUUUGUCUCCGUUGGUCGAGAACACAGACGUUAAGGAGAUUAAAGAAGUUGUCAAGGCUGCCAAACCAGUUGAGAUCAGCUUGAAGGUUGCGGAGUUGCCCACCACUACUCCCAUUGAGAAUAUGAUCGCUUCAGGCCAGGUUCAAACAUCACUGAACGGCGUUUUGGUACAGAACGGUUUGGCCACGACGCAGACCAACAACAAGGCCGCCACUGGUGAAGAAGUACCCCAAAACAUUGUUAUCACAACUAGGCAACAGUACGGAUUACCCGACGAUGCCGUAGUCUACUGCAACUUCAACCAGUUAUACAAAAUCGACCCUGUCACUUUACACAUGUGGGUCAACAUUUUGAAAGCCGUGCCGAAUUCGGUACUGUGGUUACUCCGAUUCCCCGCUGUGGGUGAGCCAAAUCUUCAGGCCACCGCUCAACAGUUGGGUCUUCCGCCAGGCAGGAUUCUGUUCAGCAACGUAGCUGCCAAAGAGGAGCACGUUCGCAGAGGACAGUUGGCUGAUGUAUGUCUCGACACGCCUCUCUGUAACGGACACACCACUAGUAUGGAUGUGUUGUGGACUGGAACGCCAGUGGUUACACUACCGGGCGAGACUUUGGCCAGCAGGGUGGCCGCUAGUCAAUUGCACACUCUUGGAUGUCCCGAGCUGAUUGCAUCAUCCAGACAAGAAUAUCAGGACAUCGCCAUCAAAUUGGGAACCGACAGAGAAUAUUUGAAGGCCAUGAGACAUAAGGUGUGGACGGCUCGAUCGACGUCGCCGUUGUUCAACUGCAAAAUAUACGCACAAGGAUUGGAGUUACUUUAUCAGAAGAUGUGGGAGAAAUUCGCCUCAGGUCAGAAACCCGACCAUAUUACGGACACGACCGUCAAGAAAUUCUCCGUCAAUCAGUAAAUAGGGCAUAUAUUAUCUAUUUUGUAUGAUUGACAGUAUUCAAAUAUUUAUACAAAAUAUUUUUAUCUCGUCCUUUUAAGUUCGUUAGAUAUAGUUUUUUACUAGUGACUUGAUAGGGUUCCAUUGGAGCUCGUCGAUUUAAUAUUGCGAUGACUUGUGAAUAUUUUAGCUUAAGGUAUGUAACUGUGCAAAGAUGAGGAUUGUGAAAUGAAUUGCUGACUUAUUUAUAAUAUAUUAUAUAUUUGUUUAAGUUAAAAAUAAACUAUUGAAUGUU